AUGUUAAAACUACAUAAUAAUGGUUUUUAAAUCAUGCUUGUAAAAAAAUUAUACAUUGGCCAAAAUAAAAAAGGAGGAGAGGGGAAGCAAAUGAAGCACAGUCGUUUUGAUGAGGUUACUAGGUCGGCUAAAAAAAAGAUUGCUUUUUCUAAUUUGGGGGUUUUCAUAGAGAGGAGAAGAAGCUUGUUUCGUUUCUAACAAUAUCAUCGCGUUCCGAUGGCAGCGAUACAGAUGCUCGAUCAGGUUGAUGAUUCCGCUGAUUCACUGAUGCAAUCCGUACGCGAGGUCCAAACGAAGAUGGCUCUGCUUCACUCCACUGUUGGCGACUUACUCAGCUCCAUGUCUGCGACCCUAAAUUCCAUGGCCGAGAUGAAGGAAGCACUUCUUCACCAACCCACUGCUCCGGAACCGUCUGAAUCUAAAGUUACGGUGGAUCAGGACCUCCCUGUAGCAGUAGCACCACCUCCACUUCCGACGAAACAAUCGACCACCGCGCCGGUGGAUAAUAACUCAGUCAAAGAGCACCCGAUGUCUCGCUACAUUAAGCUGAAGAAGACGAAGGUCGAGAUGCCAGUCUUCGAAGGAGGUCCCAAUGUUUACUCGUGGCUCACCAGAGCCGAACGAUACUUCGAAUUCGGUAACUUCACGGACGCGGAGAAGAUCCGAUUAGCUUAUAUGAGUGUGGAAGGUCAAGCUUUGUGUUGGUUUAAACUUGAGGAACGUAAGCCUUUUCUAGAUUGGAACGAUUUCAAAGCUAGGGUUUUACAGAGGUUUGGGGAUCCUAGAUCUCCUAUGGAACGUUUACUCUCUCUCGAACAGGAUGAAUCUGUGAUACGUUAUCUUGGUGAGUUCGAGGAUCUCUCGGUGCAAUGUUCGGGUCUCCCUGAUUCUGUUCUUGAGGCUGUGUUCAUCAAAGGGCUUAAGAAGGAGAUUCAGGACAUGCUCCGUAUGUUUCAACCAAAGGGGUUGCAUGAUAUCAUCAUGAUGGCUCGUAGAGUGGAGAAUAGUCCUUUUUGCCGUGUGAUGAAAUGAAGUGAACCCAGCAGUUACGGAUUCUGAGUUUUAAGAUCUGUGUCUUCGUAGAAAGAACUACAACCAGUUAGAUUCUUACCCUCUUUUGGUGCUCUUGUGGCUUGUCUUUUUUGUGAAUAGGUAAGCUCGUUCUGUUAGUUUCUCUUGUAGUCAUCUUCUAGGCUCUAGCAUUGAGUGUUAUGACUUAUGUCAAAGGAAAACAUUUUUCUGUUUCUGGGUUGGUUUUGUUGUUUGAAGAUGGUUUCAUCUUUCAUGUAUUCAUACAAUUGCAACCUACAAAAUCAGGGUUUUCUUUUGUCUAAUCGUAAUGGCUCCACCAAUCAUUAUUACUUU